AUGGAAGGAGUUAAAAACGACAUUGCCAUUCUUCACCUAGAAAAUCCUAUUCCAGAAGGCCCAAAUAUUAGGUAUGCGGCGCUCCCCAAAAAAUACUCGGAUCCUGCUCCAAACUCACAGGUAUUCUCUGCUGGCUGGGGUCUUACAACGCACAAUGGCAAUGUCUCUAGCCAUUUACUCUAUAUGAAAGUUCCUGUUAUAGAUCGCAAAAUAUGUCAAGGGAUGCAUGCCCUACUUCCAGACUGGGGAAUUGAAAUCUCAGAGACUAUUGUCUGUGCAGGUGCCGACUUAAGGUCCUCAUGCGAUGCAGAUAGUGGUGGGCCACUCUAUAACGAAACUAAAGAGACGGUGAUAGGGGUUGUAUCGGCGAGUUAUGAGUGUGGACAAAAGGGGCAUCCUACUAUAUUUACACGAGUCAGUAAGUAUAUUCACUGGAUUGAACAAAAUACUGCAUAA